GUGGCGGCGGCAUUGGCGGCGGUGGCGGCGGCAUUGGCGGCGCCGGGGCGGCAUCAGCAGCAACAGCAGCAGCUCCGAGGAGGGUGAGACGGCCGCGGUGUCUGCAGGUCGGAAGUCAGGCGGGACCUAGAGCUUCCCGCUUGUCGCUGGCCCUGAGGCUUUUUUGCCUUUUCUUACCCUGCUUCUUCCUCCCGGCCCUGGCUAGGGCAGGGCAGCGCGCCCCCGGGGAGGGGCGGAGCUGUAGAUAUGGUGUAAGAUAUUUCUUCAAGACUGGACAGCUGAGGACCUAUCAUUUCUGAUAAGCCUUAAGCAGACUUACAGCCAUAGAGAAACCUCAACGGAUUUCCAUAUUUUGCUUUCUGCUUUAAACCUUUCCUGGCACCUCAGUUCAUCUUGCAACCAUGUAUGGAAGUGCUCGCUCAGUUGGGAAGGUGGAGCCGAGCAGCCAGAGCCCUGGGCGUUCACCUAGGCUUCCACGUUCCCCUCGCCUGGGUCAUCGUCGAACUAAUAGUACAGGAGGAAGUUCUGGAAGCAGUGUUGGAGGUGGAAGUGGGAAAACCCUUUCAAUGGAGAAUAUCCAAUCCUUAAAUGCUGCCUAUGCCACAUCUGGCCCUAUGUACCUAAGUGACCAUGAAAAUGUGGGUUCAGAAACUCCUAAAAGCACCAUGACACUUGGCCGUUCUGGGGGACGUCUGCCUUAUGGUGUUAGGAUGACUGCUAUGGGCAGUAGCCCCAAUAUAGCUAGCAGUGGGGUUGCUAGUGACACCAUAGCAUUUGGAGAGCAUCACCUCCCUCCUGUGAGCAUGGCAUCCACUGUUCCUCACUCUCUUCGUCAGGCCAGAGAUAACACAAUUAUGGAUCUGCAGACACAGCUAAAAGAAGUAUUAAGGGAAAAUGAUCUCUUGCGGAAGGAUGUGGAAGUCAAGGAGAGCAAAUUAAGUUCUUCAAUGAAUAGCAUCAAGACCUUCUGGAGCCCAGAGCUGAAGAAAGAACGAGCCCUCAGAAAAGAUGAAGCUUCCAAAAUCAGUGUUUGGAAGGAACAGUAUAGAGUUGUGCAGGAGGAAAACCAGCACAUGCAGAUGACAAUCCAGGCUCUCCAGGAUGAAUUACGGAUUCAGAGGGAUCUCAACCAGCUGUUUCAGCAAGACAGUAGCAGCAGGACUGGUGAGCCUUGUGUGGCAGAGCUGACGGAGGAGAACUUCCAGAGGCUCCAUGCUGAGCACGAAAGGCAGGCCAAAGAGCUGUUCCUUCUUCGAAAGACCCUGGAAGAAAUGGAGCUGCGCAUUGAGACUCAGAAGCAAACCCUGAAUGCUCGGGACGAAUCCAUCAAGAAGCUUCUGGAGAUGUUGCAGAGCAAAGGCCUUUCUUCUAAGGCCACUGAGGAAGACCAUGAGAGGACAAGACGCCUGGCAGAGGCUGAGAUGCACGUCCACCACCUAGAAAGCCUUUUGGAGCAGAAGGAAAAAGAGAACAAUAUGCUGAGAGAGGAGAUGCAUCGGAGAUUUGAGAAUGCCCCUGAUUCUGCUAAGACAAAAGCUCUGCAAACCGUUAUUGAAAUGAAGGAUUCCAAAAUUUCCUCUAUGGAGCGUGGGCUCCGAGACUUGGAAGAAGAAAUUCAGAUGCUGAAAUCCAAUGGGGCUUUGAGUACUGAAGAACGAGAGGAGGAAAUGAAGCAAAUGGAGGUCUAUCGGAGCCAUUCUAAAUUUAUGAAAAAUAAGGUAGAACAACUGAAGGAGGAACUAAGUUCGAAAGAGGCUCAAGGGGAGGAGCUGAAAAAGAGAGCAGCUGGUCUUCAGGCUGAGAUUGGUCAAGUGAAGCAGGAGCUGUCCAGGAAGGACACAGAACUACUAGCUCUACAGACAAAGCUAGAAACGCUCACAAACCAGUUCUCAGACAGCAAGCAGCACAUUGAAGUCCUGAAGGAGUCCUUGACUGCUAAGGAACAGAGGGCUGCCAUCCUCCAGACCGAGGUGGAUGCUCUCCGAUUGCGUUUGGAAGAGAAGGAAACCAUGCUGAAUAAGAAGACAAAACAGAUUCAAGAUUUGGCUGAGGAGAAGGGAACACAAGCUGGAGAGAUACAUGACCUCAAGGACAUGCUGGACGUGAAGGAGCGGAAGGUCAAUGUCCUUCAGAAGAAGAUUGAAAAUCUCCAAGAGCAGCUCAGAGAUAAGGAAAAGCAGAUGAGCAGCUUGAAGGAUCGAGUUAAGUCCUUGCAGGCUGACACCACCAACACGGACACCGCCCUGACGACUCUGGAGGAGGCCUUGGCCGAGAAAGAGCGAACAAUUGAACGCUUAAAAGAACAGCGGGACCGAGAUGAGCGAGAGAAGCAAGAAGAAAUUGAUAACUACAAAAAAGAUCUUAAAGACUUGAAGGAAAAAGUCAGCCUACUGCAAGGCGACCUCUCAGAGAAAGAGGCUUCACUCUUGGAUCUGAAGGAACAUGCUUCUUCCCUGGCUUCCUCAGGACUGAAAAAGGACUCACGGCUAAAGACACUAGAGAUUGCUUUGGAGCAGAAGAAAGAGGAAUGUCUGAAAAUGGAAUCCCAGUUGAAAAAGGCACAUGAGGCAACAUUGGAAGCCAGAGCCAGUCCAGAGAUGAGUGAUCGAAUACAGCAGUUGGAGAGAGAGAUUACUAGGUACAAAGAUGAAUCUAGCAAGGCCCAGGCAGAAGUUGACCGCCUCUUGGAAAUCUUGAAGGAGGUGGAAAAUGAGAAGAAUGACAAAGAUAAGAAGAUCGCUGAGUUGGAAAGGCAGGUGAAAGACCAGAAUAAGAAGGUUGCAAAUCUGAAGCACAAGGAACAGGUGGAAAAGAAGAAGAGCGCGCAGAUGCUGGAGGAGGCCCGGCGACGGGAGGACAACCUCAAUGACAGCUCCGCACAGCUGCAGGACAGUCUCCGUAAGAAGGAUGACAGAAUUGAAGAGCUGGAAGAAGCACUAAGAGAAAGUGUACAGAUAACUGCAGAGCGAGAAAUGGUGCUAGCACAAGAGGAAUCAGCCAGGACCAAUGCUGAAAAACAGGUGGAGGAGUUACUGAUGGCCAUGGAGAAAGUAAAGCAGGAACUAGAGUCCAUGAAAGCAAAGCUGUCCUCUACUCAGCAAUCUCUGGCAGAAAAAGAAACUCAUUUGACCAACCUUCGGGCAGAGAGAAGGAAACAUUUAGAGGAAGUCUUGGAGAUGAAGCAAGAAGCUCUUCUGGCUGCCAUUAGUGAAAAAGAUGCCAACAUCGCUCUUUUGGAGCUUUCAUCCUCUAAGAAAAAGACCCAAGAGGAGGUGGCUGCGCUAAAGCGGGAGAAGGACCGUCUGGUGCAGCAGCUCAAGCAGCAGACACAAAAUCGAAUGAAGCUAAUGGCCGACAACUAUGAGGAUGACCACUUCAAAUCCUCCCAUUCCAAUCAAAGCAAUCACAAACCCUCCCCAGACCAGAUCAUCCAGCCCCUCUUAGAACUUGACCAAAAUAGAAGCAAAUUAAAAUUGUAUAUUGGACACCUGACAGCCCUCUGCCAUGACCGAGACCCCCUGAUCCUCCGUGGGCUCACCCCACCAGCUUCCUAUAACUUGGACGAUGACCAGGCAACUUGGGAAAAUGCGCUGCAUAAGAUGACCCGGGAACAGCUUCAGAAUGAGCUAGAAAAGGGUGAGCGCGACAAUGCAGAGCUGCAGGAGUUUGCCAACGCCAUCCUCCAGCAGAUAGCAGACCACUGCCCUGACAUCCUGGAACAGGUGGUCAACGCAUUGGAAGAGUCCUCCUGACCCUGCUCCGUGGGGAAUGGCCAGCCCAGCAGCCUGACACCGUGAACCAGGAGCCAAGGGAAGAGAACUGCGAGAAGAAACAGGCACCCAGAACCCUCUUGGCACCAAACUAACACUACGAGCUCUACCUGCCUGGUUAGUCCUGCAGGUGGGAUUCCAGCACCGUUUCGACAUCUGUCAUCCUGCUCUGCCUUUGUACUUUGGAUGUUGUCUCUACACUUACUUUCUUGAUGUCCAGGGCAGGUAAGUGGCUGAGUCUGCAUGAAGAACUGACACCCAAUCAUCACCUGCGGAGAACUCAGGACCUGGUGGCUGUGCCCUCACAGGGAAACAUGGAGUAGGGGGCUUCUUACUUUCUGUCCUCAGCAUGAGAACUAAAGCUGGAACCUGCUUGGAGUUCGACAUACUGAGAGGACGCUUCCCCAUGGACCAAAGAGCUGAGUGUUCCAAUGUCACAACUAGGAGGUACUUUCUCCUAAAAGGGUAAAAACAAAAUCUCAGAAAGGUAGUAUUAGAAAAACGGGGAAAGAGAGUACAGGGACGAAGAGAAAAAUGACUCCCCUUCUUGCUGUUUCCUUCGCUUCCUUUUCUCUGCAGCAUUUACUCAGGGCAGCUUUGAGUUGGCCUCCUGAACCACUGGAUGAGCACCGUGCCCAGCCCUGUCUGUCUCGCCCAGCGUGCCCUUCUUCUCAGCCCGGUAACAAGCGGGUCGUGCAAACAGUUCUUCCCUGAGUCCCUCUAGUUUGAGACCUUUGACCUUAUACUUAGUUUGUCAGACCACGUAUUUCCGAUGGAAAGAAGAGAGGGGUUCGGCAUGAGGCACUGUCCUCACCGGCUCUGCUUCUGUACAAGGUGACCAGUCUUGGGAUCAGGUGGGCUUCUCCCAAGCAGCUCUGAGCCCCAAAGGAUGACUUCUGCCUUCCCAGCACCAUGCUCCAAGCUCUUGCAGCCCCACGGUGACUGAGUUCCUGACUCAUCUCCCACCCUUACAGCUCUACUCUUGAUUUGCACUCCCAGAUCCAAAGUCUCAUGCAUUGUCUGGAAACUCCUUCUGGCACGAAUGAAUAUUUUUCAUCCCACACACAUUCCUUCUUCUGUUCUUUCACUCAAGGAAUAUUUAUGAAAUGCCUACUGUUUGCAAGUCAGUGUUAGGCACUCAUCCUCGAAAAAAAGUGAGGGAGAGGUAUAAAGGAUGCUGAGACAUACUUGGGUGAGUCAGCAGUAAAAGGCAUGCUCUUCCCCUCCCCCACCUUAAUAGAAGGUCUCCUUUCCAGAAAAGUCUUUCACAAAUCAGCAUUUCUCAUUUCUCACUGUAAUGGAAUUGAUGGCUUUGGGGGCAGGGGGCUGAGUCACUGACCUGCCUGCAGGAUCUCCUUCGGUGACCCAGGAUUUUCGUUUAUUGUUGCUCCCCUCAAAGAGUAUAUACUGUUCAGGAGGCUGUGGUGGGGUUUUCUUAACACAUCUGUGUGAACCUCUUGGAACUUGGCCGGCUCCAUGUCACAAAUCAGAAAAUCGACCCCAAAGUUGCAAAUCCAGGUGAAGGUGUUGGCAUUUUGAAGGGCAUUUUUCCCAACCAUAGGCAAUGGCAGUCACAAGUAAUCAGGCACCAGGAAAUAAACCACUUAACCCAAACAUAGGCCUUCACCUCUGCAGCCAGACACCGCCCAGACAGCCACAUCUCCUGAUAAGAGUUCCUGGGCUGAAUGUCUUUGUCUUACGUUUUCUCUUCCCCCUCCCUCUCCCCCGUUACUCACCCAAAGACGCUGAUGCUGCCUGUAAAGUCAUCACAGCCAUCAGUAUCUUCCCACCAGCAGCCGCGACUGUCUCAUUAACUUAUAUGGUCAAAUCUCCAGCUGCCGUGAUUCCCUGCUAUAAAACAAUCUCUCCCUGUGAGAAGCUGUAGUGUUUCUUAUCGAAGGUUUAAAUGGACUCUGCUUGUAAACUUCUUACUGAGACGCUUCCUGAUAGCCAGGCUGGCCAGAGUGGGGGUGCAGGAGCUCCACAGUAAUGGGUGGUCAUUGUGGUCAAUUACCUCAAUCCCACGUAUUUAUUGCACUGUCCAUAAAUCAUGUAGAAAGCCCCCAGCAUUUUAGGGCUGGAGUAUUAGAAUCUCACUUUAUCUACCUUACUGCGCAGUACUGAGGUAUGAUGACAACACCUUUCGCAGGACUACCACAGAACAGAGAAAGCAGAAAAGCCUGGCUGGCUAGCUGUUCAGCAGCUGGUCUGACAAGUGAGAGAUGGGCCAGGUCUCCCUGGAUCCCACUGGCUCAGCCUUUAUCCUCAAAUACAGGGCCUGCCACUCUUGCCCCCUUGGUGCGUGACACUCUCUGUGCCUCCUUCCUCCCGCUUUUCAUUUCGACCCUUCCUAUUUCUCCCCCUCUGAAACCUUGUGGAAGUCCUCCAUACCAGUGCUUCUGAGAAGAAACAUUUCGGGGGCAGAUGUCUGUGUGGCCUCUCUGAACCAUGGCAAGGAUCUCAUUGAUCCUCCCUAGUCUCACCACCGUUUCUGGGAGCUGUUUGGUCCUAAACAGACUCUGGCUAAAGUUUAAUGGUGAGCAUGACCUUAUAUUACAGGGACAAAGUGAAUACCGUUUCUAGCAUUUAGAGUAUCUUAUUGAACUUAGAUCAUUCAUUGAGCCAACUUUUACUAAAUGCACAGCUCACAUCACACAAGGACUUGUUGUUCCAUGACCCUCUUAUGGUUCUCAAGGUUUCACAAGGUCACGCAGCUACCACCAAAGGUCUGUGACCUUGGCAGCUCACUGCAGAUUGCCUGUAAUGUUCACCAAACUCAUCAUUCCGUUGGAAAGUUUAGUUUCCCCUUAACACCUAAAGACCUGUACCCCAAAUCAAAGUCAUCAUGAGGAGGACAACAAGAAGAAAAACAGUAAACGGAGCUUGGGGCUCAUGACUAAAGAAAUACAAUGUGACUCUCAUCUUUUCACAUACCUCUGUCCCAGGCACUCAUCGAGUUCCUGAUGAAGUACCUGAAUUGAGAUUUGCAAGGACUUGGAUACCAUUUGAAAUAAAAAAGACUUUAAGUGGGCUUUAACGUGUUAAGAAAUAUGAAUAGAAAUCCCCAAAGCCAUCCCAGUUCUAACCUUUGACCUCAUACAUUACUAUCUAAAGAUCUUAAGUUCUUUUCUCUCUUCCUUACACUUGGGCUUUUAAAAUUCUAGUAAGGCAGACUGGACUCAAGACCACCUUCAGUGUCACUAAUGGCAAUGUUACUUGGCACUUUUUUUUCAGUAAAAGUCUGUUUGGUUUUCCAUGAGGAGUUCAUUGGCUCACCCACUCCUGGGAGUGAGAGAAGAGGAAGAGGAAGUCAUCAUGUUUUAGUCAACUGCUAACCUAAUUCCUCCCCUGUUGAUGGUCAGGAUUGGCAUUUGGAUUUGCUGCUAGAGAGUCCUGCUAAUCGCAGCACCAUCCUGCCCUCCUGUCUGACCCCACUGCUUACAUAUAGGCCUGCUGGCCACCCUCAGGGACUUUGAGGGAAGAGCAAAUCAAAGAGUACGUUGCCACAUGGAACGUGACCCUCCCUUGGCACGUCCUAAGUGUCAGUAGGCCCUAUCUGUGUCAGCACUGUUAGUACCUUUCAUGCUGCCUCCCUGGCCUCACCUCCCACCAGUUCAGAACUGUGGAAAAGGAGAUGAGAACAGGGGCACUGCAGCUCGCUGCCCUGUCCAAGCCUGCGAGACCACCCACCCAUCACUGCCAGUCCUGGGUUUCUCAGGACAGUAACUUGAACCAUUCAAAGAAAUGUUUUAAGAGAAUCUGGUGUUUCCCCUAUGUGAACUAAGGGAAUAUUUGGGCAAGAAAAAAACAUACAUUACAGGGAAAUCCUUCUGAACAAAAUGGCUGUCUUUACUUACUCUUUUUAAGCAAAUACUGUUUCCAAUCUUUUUAGUGUCGAAACUGUAACCAAGUGUCUCCUGAUUUUUUUCCAGUGUGUUUAGCGAGUGCUGUGAUCCUAUUGUAGGUAUUUCUCCUCUUGACUCUUUUGGGGGAGAGAUGAUUUUAGGGAUUGAUUUGGGGGGAGUGGGUGUUUGUCCCAUCCCACCUCCUUCUGUUUCUCUGCUCGUCAAUAUUGUCUGUGUGGCUCAGAGAAUUGGGGCAGUUACGUUGUGUCCAUUGUUGAGAUUAUUAAGAUAUUAAAAAGUAGUUGUAGAACUAAAAAAAUUAAAGAGCUGUGUUUUUAAAAAAUGCAAACCAAUAUCAUAUUAAAGGAAUUCAAGCUAUGGGGCAGCCAAACUCCUCCCCUCCUCCCAAGUCGGCUGAGGUGUCAGCUGGGCUGGCCACUUGUGAAGCACAAGGGCCACACUCCAGUAGGUGACUGAGAGAUAGCUGCUGAGGAAAAGGAAUGGGAAUCGGGGGCUCAGAGAGUCCCCAUUGUGCCAGCGUUUUCCUUACAUCCUCAGGACUUCUGGGUAGAACUUGCACAGUUUGUGACCCCAUAACCACCCUCACCCCACGUUGGCCCCAGCUCAGUGUGCCUAAUACAGUGUGGUUACCUGGGCCUGACUCAAGCCCCACACCUGGCAGCAGCCCUCUACAGGCCACAGAACCUCUUUCCUGCCCUCUUGGUGCUAUAUCAUCCAGUGACCCAUCCAAUAUGGGCCGAGAACUGGCCAGCCCAGAGCCUGCAAUCCAGGUGAAUGAAUUACACUCAGAUCUCAGUUCCUUCUGGCUUCAGUUCCUAGAUUCUUUCCCUUUAAGAUUUUUAGACCCCAGAUCUCCCGGGCCCGGGCUGUCUCUGUUGGCUCCCGAGUUGCCACGGUUUGGAAAGGAAGUGAAUCAGCUGAAGCCAGAGGAUGCAUGCGUAGGCCAGAGCCAGCCCCCUGAGCCCCGCGCCUGUUUCCACACCACACCAGUGUUGCAUCAUCCGCCAGUGUAGCUGGGCCCCCUGAGGGUGGCACACCGCUGUGCUGGCCUGCCUGCCUCAUGCAGGACUAGCCCAGAAGCCUCCCAGCACACCAGGAUGCCCAGGGUGAAGCCAGGGUCUCCCUGGGACUCAUGCCCACCUCUGCCUCAGAAGAGAAGCGCUGCACUUUAGUGAGGAGCUAAGGGGCAGUACUGACUCCUUGUAGCUUGAGUUCCUUUUGGUGACAGUAGCAGCUGCAAUGGUGGUGUCUGUGAUGCAAAUGCACCCGCUGCCUUCCAGUUUGCGUGUGUGCGCGUGAGUGUGUGUGUGCACACGUGUGUGUGAGUGCAGGUGUGCAUGUGCGUGUGUGAGCGUGUGUAUGUGUGGUGGCCAGUCAUGUUACUGACAGGAUAAUGACACUACAAAGAAAUUGUGUUAUAGUCAACUUUGCCUUGAUAAUUAUUGUAAACACUUUGUUCAUUUUUUUCUUUUUUAUUCACAAACUAAAUCCAUUGGGAAAUUAUAAAGUUAUUUAAAAAUUG